AUGAAGCUUGUUUUGGUCGUGUUAUCAACCGUGAUAGUGAUUAGUGCGGGACUAUCGCUCAAACCGAGCCCCCGGAGAGAUAUCGUACUGCCACGCCAUAUGGAGCUGCCCGAUCCGGACAGUGACAAGGACACGCAGGCGUUUCGCAGUGGGGAACAGCGGCACGAGACAACGACACCACCGGUUGAAAGUAAGCCGGCGAAGUUGCGCGUUAGUGGCACCAGACGGAAGAAGGUUAAGCAAGUAUCGACCAAGGAAGACGAAAGCACCCGCGUAACGUCUAAACGAGUGAGUGAACGGAAACUGCACACGAAAAUUGUGCACGUACCGGAACCAUUUGUUGUGCACGUUGAGAAGCCGUACCCGGUGUAUAUUGAGAAGCCUGUUAUAGUGGAAAAACAUCUGCCGAUACAUCUUUACAUUACAAAGAAGGAGAUAAAACAUCAUUAG